AUGGAGAAGUUGGAAGAAGAGCUGAGAAAGAUGAGAGAGGCAGCAGCUGCAAAGAAGUUGGAGAAGACGAACAAGGAGGAGUCCAAGAAGAAAGUCGAGAAAGAUAAAGAAAAGGACAAAAAGAUGGAGGAAAAGAAGAAAGAAAGAGAUAAUAAAGUAACAGAAAUGCAAUACAGGAUGGAGUGGAACAAAGCCAGAGAUGAUUUGGAGUGUGAUGAUUUAAAGGAUCUACCCACAUCCACUCCUCUUCCAAUGAAUAUGUUCCUCACAAAAGACCUGGGUGAUGUCUUGUAUGUCAUGGAGUUCAUCAAAUCUUUCCAAGAGAUACUCAAUCUGGAUAUCAACAAGACAUUCUCCUUAGAAAAGUUUUGCGAUUGUCUGAACAGUAAAGAUGUUGACGGUUGGUUUGGCAGGUUGGUUGUGUCUCUUAUGUCAGCUCUCUUCACCAUACAUAAGGAGGAAAUCACUGCCAAAGUACUUGAAGAAAAGAAAUCUGCUGAAAUAGAUGAAAGUGGUGAACAUUGUCAAAUUUUUAAGGCAGCCAAACAUUCUCUCAAUAUUUAUGGCUGCAUCAUACAGGAUCUGCCACUUGAUGUAUAUUCCAUAUCUGAAAUUGUGAGAUUGUACUUUACUGCAUCAUCCGGUACAGCAUAUUCAACUACCAAUUCAAGAUUUGUACAGCACAUGAACAAGCAAACUCUGUUCGAACUUUCACCAGAUGACAAAUUGGAAGUAUUGAUUCAAGUGAGUCACCAGUUGUUGAACACGAGCAAAGUUAGAACCGAGAUUGAAGAUAGGCAGGAGGCAAUCAAGAUCACUCAAAAGAAUUUGAAGAUGCAUCAGUUCAACUGCAUGAAGAGAUCCAAAGAUGAAAGUUCCUUUUGGGCCAAAAAGAAACAAGAAGAAUGUAUGAAGGGCUUCUUGAAAGAUGGCAAGCAGAAUGAUAGCAAGGGGGAUGAGCCAAAUUCAGACAAAACUGAUUCAUUGGUUAGAAAGUCUGCCCGAUCAGCAAAUGCAAAUGUCAUUCCAGACGAAAAUUUUGAUAAUCUUCCAACAGAAAAUCUUGAUUGGUCUAAAAUUAGUGAAACGGAAAAGAGUCAAAUGAGGGACUGGGAGCAAAGGAAAGAAAAGGAGUUGAUGGAUGAGUUGAGGAGAUUGCAAGUUGGGUCACCAGCAGUACUUGGGUUUGACAGGACGCACAGAAGGUACUGGAUGAUGACUUGCAUUGCAGGAAUACUGGUGGAGGAUGAGUCAGAUGUCUCUUUUUGUCUCUCAAGAUCCAUUUCCUCUCCAACAAAGCUCAAAGUAAUUAACCAAGCGAAGAGAACGACACCACUACCAUCAUCAUCAUCGACAACGACAACAUCGCCAUCAUCGUUGUCGACAGCCACGCUGACGAAAACGAAUGCGAGCAACAAUGACAGCAAGUCAGAAGAAGGAGAGAGAAGUGAUAAAGAGAAUGUUCCUCUGGAAGAUCAUGCUGAGUCUCAACCAUUCAAGUGUCCACUGACGUCUGUGCACGAACAAAUUGCAACAAAGGGUCUGGUCAGAUGGUCAAUAUACAACAGCACUGAACAAAUAAACAUUCUAAUGAAUUCUUUGAAUCAAAGAGGGUUCAGAGAAUCUAAGUUGCUGAAUUCCUUAAAAGAACACAAAUCGCCAAUUAUUGAAGGAUUGGAAUAUUUAAAACCCACCUAUGAGUUCCUCCUUAAAUUUGGACAGUUGAAGCAGAUUCCACAGAAUGGUUCAACAAAAAGUUCUUUGAUCACUAACCACAUACAAGAAAUCUUGAAAGAUGAUGGGAACAUGUUAAUCAGUGCAACUGAUAAGAAAGAAGAAGCAGCUAAUGAUGAUAUUGAAUGUCACCUGAAAGAAAGUUUGGUUGAUCUAGAGGAUAGGCUCUAUGCUGGAGCUUUGGGUAAACUUAAGGGUAUAGAUAGAAAUGAGUGGAGGCAGUAUUUAGAAGAUGGUAACUACGAAGCCAUUUCAAACAUGCCAUCUGGUGUCAAUGAUGAAGAUGAAGAUAACGCUUGUGAUAUAAAGGAACUGGAUCAGUCCAAAGAACUGAAGGGUCUGAUGUCAGCUUUGUUGCAGAUUGAAAAGAUGAUUGAAACUCGAUUCAUAGAUGUUCAUUUAGGUCAACAAAACAAGAAAUCAAAGAGUAAACAAAGCAAGAAGAAAAAAGAGACAGAGCCAGUGGAAAGCGAUGAUGAUGCGUCGUCCACUGCUUCCCAGCAUGGUCAGCAUCAUCGCAGUGAGGAGUUGCACACGUGGAAGGCCAGCUUGAAGUCAUCGCGGAACAUGUCGCAGUUGUACCUGCUGAUGCACGUUCUUGAAUCGAGUGUCACAUGGUCCAAGUCAGCAUUGAAUGCUCGUUGUAGAAUAUGUAGGAAAAAAGGUGAUGGAGAGCAGAUGAUGCUGUGUGACGAAUGCGACAAGGGGCACCAUACCUACUGUCUGAAACCCCCUGUCAAGGUAAUACCUGAAGGGGAUUGGUUUUGCCCUUGGUGUCGACCUCUUCCAGCAGUUGAAACUCCUCGAAAAAAGUUGGCUCAAGAUGAAGAUGAAGAAAAUGAAGAUGAGGAAAGGGGCGUGAGUGAUGAUGAAUCGGAAGAGGUUAAAAGGGAUGAUGAAGCAGAUUCAAUAGUGUCUGGAUCAAACGAAAGUAAAGUGGAAGACAACGAUGAUGAUGAGGGUGAGGACGAUAAAACAGAUGAGGACUGUAGAAGGACAGAAAAAUUGGAAAUAUCAAAAAAAUAUUUCUAUGGAAAAAAGAAUUUCAAAAAGUCCAGCAUUGAAAAUUCCAAGAAUCAUAAAACUAUUCCAAAGAACUUUAACUCACAUUUGAAUUUAAGAAAAAACAAAAGAUUAAGCUUAAACAAGUGUCCUGACAAGAAAUUGAAAAUGAAAAAGUAUUCAUCGACAUCGGUGAUAGAUGUUGGUAGAAGGACUCGCACGACACGCCAGAAUUAUGUUGAAGAUGAAGAGGAGGAAGAAGAUGAUGAUGAGGGUGACUUCUCUGAAAAAGAUGGUCCAAUGAACAAACGAAUCCAACUGAAGGAAUGUAUUCGGCAAGAGAGAAGAGGGACGAAGCGAAAAAAUGUUUUUGAUGCUCAUCCAGAUAGUCCUUGUCUUAAAAAAAGAAACUCGUAUGUUAUUGCUAGGGAGUCUAUUACAAGACAUUCAUCGCCAUCAUCAUCAUCAUCAUCAUAUAACUGUGACCCGAUGAAGUUUUGUGAGGACUUGGUUUCUCAAUUGAUGAACCAAGAAGAUGCCUGGCCAUUUCUCAAACCAGUUUCCAAAAAAGAUGCCUUUGACUACCUGGACAUCAUCAAAUCGCCCAUGGACUUUUCUACAAUUCGAAACAAAAUAAAUUCAUUCAAGUAUGGUCACCACGGCCAACUAAUUGACGACGUCAGAUUAAUUUUUAGAAACUGCCAGGAAUACAACGCGGUUUCUUCCUUCUUCUACAAAGCCAGUCAAAAACUUAGUGAUUAUUUUGAAAAACAAUUGAAACAAUCACCAUUGUCUCUGUCAACGAAAUCAUGCUCCAUUGUAAUUAAUGGCAAAAAUAAAGACAGUCAGCAAGUAAACGGUUUAAGCAAUGGAAAUAAUGUGAAAAGGAGAAAAAUACAUUAUACUGGUGAUGGGGAUAGCGAUUCCAAUGAUUAUGAUGGCUUACCCACAAAAACUAGAAAUUUGAGAAAAAGGUCUUAA